AACCAGGCGGGCCCCGAGUCAUGUAGCAGCCAGCACUCCUUGAGCCAACACCGGUCCCCCCGCGCUGCGCCCCUGGAUAUACCUAUACGCGCCACAUUACUAAUCUACGCCAGUCAUCCAUCCAGUUAUCAAGAGUCAUCCAGUUAGAAAAAAAGGGUUCAUUGGACAGACAGAUCAACAGACAGACCGACAGACAGACAGAAGCAGGAGCAGCCCAACACAGCACAAUGGCGUGUACUCUCAAGAGCGUCAUUGCGUGCGGCAUCAUACUGGCCGUCAUCGAUAUCCUCCACGGCCUGUCUACCCUUGGCUUCUAUGGCUACCGGUUCAUCUCCUUCUCCUUCUACCUGUGUCCCCGCGACCUGGAAAUCUCAGUGUGCCAAAACAAGCUGUACUUCUACGAGCAGAUGUUCACCAUGAGGACGUAUAUUGGGCUCGGGGAAGGCGCUGUCACCCUCCUCUUUGACAUGAUCUACAUCAUCGCCCUCGUCAAGUAUUUGCCGUGCCUGUCCUGGAUGUGGAUCUUCAAGUCCUUCGCCGUGAUGGGCAUCAACGUGUUCUACAUCAGCUCGUGGCUCGUGAGGAAGCAGAGCCUCAAGGAGAUUACCUUCCAAGACGAGGAAUACCAGCGCCACUUCCUGCUUGCCGGUGGAUGGCUGACGGCGAUACAGCUUAUUAUCAUGGUCAUCUUCUGCAUCAUCGGCGCUAUCUUCAGCUAUAAGGUGGCAGCUGAACGCAGACGCAGCCGCAGGAGCCUUCGCAGCCUGCACCCACGAAGCCCCAAAUUCAGGAACGGCAACGCCUCCGCCCCGCCCAUGGACGCCUACGACGACAACACAUCCUACAUGAACCAGGCUCUUGCGGACAGCACCAACAAGCUCCCCCUCCAGUCCUCCUCCACAAGCAUCGACAAGGCGGAGACACUCAAGGCAAAGCCCACACAAGUCUAAAGGAACAGAGCUGAGAUGUGAUCUGAAGGGCAUCAUCUAAUAAAACCUUUUUCAUCUGAUUCUUCGAUGGAGACGCUCAAGAAACAGCCCAAAGAACACCAACAAGCUCCCCCUCCAGACCUCCACACGAGUUCAAAAAAGACGGUUGAGGUGUGAUCUUUAGGGCAUCAUCGAAUUAGACCUUUUUUCAUAAUUUUCUUCGAUGGACAAGCUCAAGAAACAGCCCAAGCAAGUGCAAAAGAGUGUUCAGGGCGUUAUCGUAAGGGCAUGAUCAAGCAAGACCUUUUUCAUCUGCUUCUUCAAUGGAAAUGCUCAAGAAACAGCCCACAGAAGAGUUUGAGAAGAGGUUGAGUGUUUAACUUCAUGGGCAUAUAUCACGACCAUUUUCCUUCUUGUCAGUCCAUUUUUUUGUUUUUUUUGUUUUUUGGUCUUUAAAUAUCGCAUCCUCUUCUGAAAAUGCGGUAACUUUCUUCUUGUAUGUCCCGUUUCCAUUUUUUUAGGCCUUCUACUUUGUGUCGUUUUCUGAGAAUAGCCAAAAGGAGUGGGGCUGAAGGUACCGGUAGUUUUGUUGCGUCUGUGUUCUGCUUCCUUUCUCGUCUGCCACUUCAUAAGACUCAAAACCAUAGUGAUCAGAAGGAGCCAUGAGGCGCUUUUGAGGGACACUAUCACACACUUCAUCAUUUUAACUUUCCUCACCAUUUUUCUAUCGCUUUCUCUUUCUCCUGACCAAGACCCUCAAACAGAAUCAAACAGCCUCCACACAUUUCCAUGCAGCAGUGUCAAGAGUCUGUUUUGAGCGCUAUCACCCACCAAGGACUUCUUUUUUAUUACUUUUCCUGCUGUCUUUCUCUUUUUUUUUUCCUCCUGCCUCCCUCGCUCUCACAUCAGAAAUGAGAGGCGUGAUGAGGUUGGGAAGUGGUUCUGUAAGGUCGUCCUCUUUGUUUGGGAGACAAGAGGAACUGUAGUUUUGAGGCGAUGCUGUUUUUUCAUUCUAUUUGUUGUUAUUCCGGUUGAUCAGCGUCGAUGUUUGUGAGGGCGAGAGUAGUAUUCGGUAAAGGUUUGGUGGCUUACUUCCUUGCCAUCUCUCAGCCCGCGAAACAAGAGGGGCUGCAGAUUAAAGGCGAUGUCCUUUUUUUAUAUCUUCCUGUGUGUUCGUCUCUUUGGUUCUUCUGCUGUGAACGCCAUAGCUGUGUCCGGUGAAGGUUGGGCUGACUAACGCAUACCUCUGCGAGAGACAGUUUCCUUUGGAGGGCAGAAAAAGGAGAUGAAAGCGAGUUAUACAUAAUUCACUGCUUCUGGCGACGUGACGUGACUCAAGCUCUCUCACUCUCUCCCUCCCUUCCCUCGUCCAUGCCGGCCUGACCAACCCUAAGUAGGUCGCCGUACGUGCGGUAAACAACACGCGGCGUGGAUUCUUACAUUGGUGGCAUUGAAGUUGAGUGAGGAAGAUAAUCAGCGUCCACUCGCCAAUCUCAGAUUGACCAAAACUUCUCAUGCUCCAAUAUGCACUUGAAAGAAAUAUGUGUGUGUAACGAAGGCUCCAGCAGGGACACGACGUUUGCAAUGAAUCUUUCGAGUACAGGAAAGUUUCACAAAACCAAAGAUAUACUCCGAACCGUGCGUAUGGAGUAACAAAAGAUUAAGAGUAAAAGUGAACUUAUGUGUGUAACGAAAAUCCCCUCACGAACACAUCUUUUGCAAUAGAAUCUUUCUAGUACAACAAAAGUUAGCCAAACCAAAGAUGUUCGUGCUCCAAAACUUAUGUGAAGAGUAACUGAAUCUUAAAGUGAAAACAUGAAGGUGUGUAACGUGUAGCGAAGACUCCGUCACGGACACAACGUUUGCAAUGAAUCUGUCGAAAGUACAAGGUCCAUAUUCUUAAACGCUCCCAUUACGACUCUUUUCCAAGGCCACAGAGAAGAUUGACCAGGUUUCAUGGGUGUUUCUUUCCCGGUCAAGGUGCAAGAGUCAUGUAAGACUAUCACUAGGAGCACAAAACAGUCAUUGAAAAUCCUAGCAUCUACGAGAGGCUUUUCAAUCGGACGAACUGAGGUGACAGUAACUUUAAGAAUAUGAACCCAAACCUUGAGGUGCACCUUUCCCUGGGCUCUCCGGCUGGUGAUUGUGGCCACGCCGAGUACCUGAUUAAAAGUGAUCAACUGUAACUCUGAAACACGGAUCUUAGGUUAAAAUACGUAUGUAUCCUUCUCUCCUUUCCCAGACGUCAUGGGUAGCGUUAGUUCUGUCAUAUAUCGGCGAUAAGAAAACAAUGAAACUGAAAACAAAAUGCUUUUGGUGAAAAGUGGAAUGGAUUAAAUUACUGAUUACACAAGUGAAUAAAUGUGUGUAUGUAUGUAUGUAUGCAUUAUCUUGUUAGGCCAGUAUUUAUCACUAGUCUGGUCAUUUCUGUCCUGUCCUUUGAUAAUCGCCUUUCAUACCAAAAACGCUGUAGGUAAAAUUGUCAAAACGAUAGUAGAAGCAUUUAAUAAGAGGACAAAUCAUUCCCAUACCUUCUCCAUUUCUCUUAGCAUAUAGAUUAUCAUUCCACUUGGUCAUGUGAACCCAAAUAACCCCCUCCUGUGUCGACGAAGGUAUAACGAAGGUAAAAACGUUAUAUCGAUAGAAUUAGAACCUCCUCGUCAGGACAAACCAUUACCAUACCUUCCUCAAUUCCCUUAGCGUAUAGACUAUCAUUCCAUUUGUCAUGUGAGCCUCCUCUUAUGUCGACGAAGGAAAAACGAUAGUAAAAUUGUUGCAUCGGUAGAAUUAGAAACCUUCCCAUCAGGACUAACCAUUACCAGACCCUCCCUAGAACCCCUUAGCGUGCAGGUCAUCAUUCCAUAUAUGUCAUGCGAGCUUCCUACGGUGCUAAAGUGACAAAGAACCUUCUCCUUAUCCCUCCUACCCGCUGUACAUAUUUGCUCACCUGUACAUAGUUCCCCUUUCGUAGCUUUAAGAGAGAAAACGUGACGCCCAACUGUGUUUGAUGAGAUACUGCCCUAAAGUCGUGUCUCACUUGAUAAUAUAUAUGUGUGAGUGAAUGUGAGUGUGUUUGUAUUAAUUUAUGUAUUUUAUAUAUAUAUGAAGAUUUAUAGUGUGGACGGUCAUCAUCAUCAUCACACAGACAGUGUUGUUAUGUAUGUGUGAAUUUUUACGAGUUCUGUACGAUGAGAUAAUAAAAAGAAUGAAGUUUA